ACUCCAAUUCUCAAAAAUCCUGUAUACCAAUUUUGAACUCUAUUCAGCCAAUCGCAAAAAUCGGACUGUUCUUUAAUCAGACUAAGUUAAUAAAAUCUGGUAUGAAUUUGUUAUAAUCCCCCUCGGCGUAAAAACAUUCGCUACUGAUUUUCUUCUGCUUUCAUUUUUAUGCUAUUUGAGUUAUUCCUGGUUAUUACUUGUUACCUGGUUUUAACUGGAGGGGAAGCUGUUUAUUAAUGCCAAGGUUAAAUCACUUGGAAAACUUUAUUGCGUCACAACUGGAAGAAAACAUCCAGACUUGCAUUAACUAUGAGAAAAUUUAUUCAAAAAAUUAUCAGUUGAACGAUAGAAAACAAAUUGAAAUGUCUAUUUCCAUAUUAUGAAUUAUUUGAUUAGCUUUUCCUGCAAAAUUUUGGCCCAAAUUACGUUCUUGUUGUACUAGCCCGCCUCUGGGGAAAAACUGACAAUUGAAAAAGUGAUAAAGUUUUUGAUUUAAGCGAUCCAUUGAUACUUUGUUUUCGAUUCACCUUGCAUUUUUGCUUUUUUAAUUAAUUCAACAUAAAGCUCAAAUUCAACUUAGUUUUUAUAUCCCUUCAAAUUAAUCUAUAUUCAUUUUCAAAGAUGUUUGAAGUUUGUGACACUUUGAAAUCAAAUCAUUUCGUGACAACUUAAUAUUAGAACUAAAGAAUUGUAUUUUUCUCGAUUUCCAUCAAAAUUACCAUAAUUAUCUCUUACUUAUUUUUGUGCAAAAUGUUCAUAGUAUUCCGAAUUCAACUUAUUCUACUUUAUUUUGCCGCGACAACGAUAUCAUCAAGCAUCAACCCAGUGCCGGAGAGCUACGGCGAGAUCCUGCCCCUUCCCAAGACAGCAGUGACUAAUGCCAGUUUCUACCUGGAACAUAAACUACUCAACGGGUACAGCAGAAGGGCAAUUCCGAAUCAGAACCAGUCGCAGCCAUUUGUGAUUAACACUGAUAUUACAUUAUAUCAGCUACUCGAGUUGAACUUCCGACUACAAAACAUCAAGGUGCUCAUCUGGGAAACAACACACUGGAAUGAUGCCAAUCUGCGUUGGAACCCAGAAGAAUUUGCUGACAUCACUUCAAUCAGGCUACUCGACUCAGAUGUCUGGACUCCAGAUCUGGUAAUAUCAGAGAGCAUAGAGGAGUCAGAAUCAGGUGUGAACAAUUUGGGGGUGCUAGUGACUAAUGACGGGACUGUGUUGUGGAUGAGGCCCAAAAUACUCACAGCUGCAUGUUCUAUUAAUGUACUAUAUUUCCCCAAUGACCGACAAGAGUGUAGUUUAACAAUUGGUAGUUGGUACUACACUUCAGAGUUCAUAAAGAUCCAGUUCGGAAGUCCAGAUUCCGGAGACACGCAACAAUCCGAUCUCAGCCUGACGAAGGUGCACGACGAGUGGAAUAUUCUGUCUCUCGUUGGUCACAUGGUCACGAUUGAUUACGAUCAGUUCGGAAACUACUCCGAGUUGUGCUAUAAACUCAAACUGAGUCGGAAGCCUCUGUUCUACCACAUCAACUUCAUUCUUCCGACCAUCUUCAUUGGGCUGCUCGGAACAUGCAUGUUCUGGAUCCCAAUCACCAGUGGCGAGAAAAUUUCCUUCGGCAUCACUUUACUACUUGCGCUAACUGUCAAUCAACUAAUAGUUUCGGAGAAACUCCCAGUUACGAGUGAACACUUACCCUUACUUUGCGUUUAUUUCCUCUGUACCAUUGUUCUGAACUCAUUCGCUAUAUGCGCAUGUUUAGUGGUUUAUAACAUCCAUACAAACGCCAGUCCUUACCCUGUACCUUAUGGACUGAAAUUCUUGUGUUUCAAAGUUUUAGAUCCAGUUUUCUCGUUUCGGUUUUCGGCUUUUUUCAACAGUGUUUCGAUUUGGUGUAAAGUUAAAACGCGAAAGUGGAAACGACAACGAGCUUCAAAGUUCUGCCGCAGAAGUUACCCGUCGAGUUUUGAAGAUUGCAAUACAGUUAGUAUGGUCCAUGCCAAUAAUAACAACCCAGAGGCUAAACUAUACGACCAGAAAGUACCAGUUGGUCCAAAAUUGAAACCGAACAGCAAAUGGAAAGUAGUCCAGAGAUGCAUGCGCCAGGGAAAACUCCGGCGGGAUUUAUGGAACGAUGCCGGGUUUAUGGGAAGUCACUUAUCCAACGGAUAUGCUUCCAAAAAUGGAAAUAGUGGAAAUUUUGACCGUGAAAAAAUGUUGAAAUCUAUUCGAGAUAUUGUUGACCAGAUGGCGAAAAACAAGGAAAAUUGGAUGAGAGUUGCAACUGUUAUUGACAAAACUAUGGGAGUUGUUUAUUUCGUUACCAUGGGAACUGCUGAUUUUAUUUUGUGGUACACUCUAACAUGGUGUGCGGCCGAAGAUACUUCAACGUUCAGCUAAUCGACAGCUCACAAAGUCGAAAACAAACGAAAUAUCGCUGCCCGCAGUUGAUAAAAUAUUGCACAAUAUUAAAUAUUGCAGCCCACGGUUGCACAAUAUUAAAAAUGAAACGAAAUUAUUUAAUGCUCAGAAAUGGAACAAGUGGCAAUUGUUUUUGAAGAAAAAGUAAUUCGAUGAUUAUAUCUUGCCUUGGUUUGACUAAAUGACUUUUAGAUUCUGUGGUGUUUAGAUUUUGUAACUUUGUUAGUAUUUAGAACUUUUCAAACGUC